AUGGACCACCCACCAGAAAUCGUUGCGCUGCUUGAGAAAUAUCCCUCAUUGAGGGGGCCGAUCGAGACUGGCGUCGAGUCUCACGAUGGCCGCGAAGAGCGACUGCUCGCCUUCAUUCUCUCUCACCCCCAUUUGCAGGACAUGAGGGGCAAUCCCUCUAAACUUCUCUCCGUCAUGGACGAAUACUCGGCCAAGCAUGACUUCCUCAUCAGCAUCGGCGGUCACAAGGCCAAGAUCAUGUCCGACUUGGUCACCAAAGAAAAUCCCCAGACUCUCGUCGAACUGGGCGGCUAUCUGGGAUACUCGGCCAUUCUCUUCGCAGACACCAUGCGCCGCAACAGCAAGCCAGAUCAACAGCCGCGCGUGCUGAGUCUCGAGAUGAGCAGCGAAUUUUCAGCCAUUGCCAGAGAGCUGAUUAUGCUUGCGGGGCUGUCCGACAUCGUCAAGGUCGUCACUGGCCCUGCGGAAGAGUCUCUGCGGAAGCUGCAUGAGAAAGGCGAUCUAAACAAGAUUGACUUUUUAUUCUUGGACCACGUCGAGGAACUGUACGUUUCUGAUUUCAAGGUCUGUGAGGAACUGGGACUUUUGCAACAGGGCGCGGUGAUUGCGGCCGACAACGUGGUGAAGCCGGGCGCCCCUGAGUAUCGCAAGUAUGUCAGAGACCACCCGAGGCUGCAGAGCACCGCAGUGGUGGGAUUGAUUCAGCCUGGGGAUCUCGAGGAUGAAAUCGAAAUCACCCAUGUUACGAGCUCUACCUAA